CAUUAAGCAAACAUGAGAAGAGUCCCUAAACCCUAACACAAAAUUCCUCUCUAAAAACACCCCAAAAAAAUGACGAGAAAGCGAAUCGGACCGGCACUUUGCCUAAUUCUCAUACAUGCAGCCGCCGUCGCUAUAGCCGAAAACGGUCACAAUAGCACGUUAAUAGCGACGAGAUUAACCGUCGCGCGAAUGUGCGCCUCCACCGACUACAAGCAAGCAUGCGAGGAAACCCUCCGACCGGUAAACGCAACGAACGACCCCAAGGAGUUCAUCAAAGCGGCGAUCACCGCCACGAUCGAAGCCACGGAGAGAUCGUUCAAUCUCUCCGCCGCUCUGACCGAGAAAAUCAACGUCGGCCGCCGCCGCGAGAAGAACACCACCGCCAUCAGAGGCUUACGAAUGGCGCUGGAAGAUUGCAGGGACCUGUUAUCCGACGCCGUUUCCGAGCUCCAAGAAUCCCUGUCUUUUUUAGCCAACAGCAGCCAGCUCCUCACGCCCCGAGCCAACAACGUGUCGGCCGCCGCUGACGACAGCCGACACGUCAUCACGGAGCUUCAGAACUGGCUGAGCGCUGUCGUUUCGUACCAGUACACCUGCCUUGACCACCUGGUCGAACGGUCACAGAAGUUGAAAUUAGGUCAGCCCAACUCCUUUGGCUCCGUCAUGAAGGGAGGGCUCGGGAGGGCGACGCGGCUGACGAGCAACGCGCUCGCGAUGGUGAACGAGAUCGCGCGGUCGCUCGGUCUGGUCACGUCACUAGGGCGGACCCAGAGGGAGCAUCAUAAAGGUGGUCGGAAGCAUCUGAUGACGACGCGACGACGGCGACGGCGAGGGAGGAGGAUGCUGGACGAGGGGUUCAGUUUCGAAAUUGUGGUGGCGCAGGACGGGAGCGGGCAGUUUACGACGAUCUCUGAAGCUCUGGCGGCGUACGAUCGAGAGAAAGUCGAGGAUACGGGUGGGUACUAUGUGGUUUACGUGAAGGAGGGCGUCUACAAGGAGCAUGUAACGGUGAGGAAGGAUCAACGGAAUGUGUUCAUGUUUGGAGAUGGAGCUCGGAGGACGAUUGUGACUGGGAAUCGAAGCAAUCGGGAUGGUUUCCGGACCAUGAAAACUGCCACUUUCGAGGCGUUGGGCCCGGGGUUCAUAGCCCAAUCAAUGGGCUUCGAGAACACAGCGGGCCCAGAGGGCCACCAAGCGGUGGCCCUCCGCGUGCAAGGCGACAAAUCGGCCUUCAUCGACUGCGCAAUCGACGGCUACCAAGACUCCCUCUACUGCCACGCCCACCGCCAGUUCUACCACAACUGCGAGAUCUCCGGCACGAUCGAUUUCAUCUUCGGCUACGCCGCCGCCGUCAUUCAGAACUCUGUCAUCACCAUCCGCCGCCCGAUUGGGAGCCAGCAGAACGCCGUGAUCGCGCAGGGGCGCGCGAUCGAGCAGCAGACCACCGGGAUCGUGCUCCAGAACUGCAGGAUCGUGGCGGAGGACGGCGGCGUGCCGCCGUCGUACCUCGGCCGGCCGUGGAAGGCGUACUCGAGGGCGGUGGUGAUGGAGUCGGAAAUCGGGGGCGUGAUUCGGCCGGAGGGGUGGAUGCCGUGGCUGGGGGAUCUGUAUUUGGAUACGUUGUGUUUUGAGGAGUAUGGGAACUCCGGCGCCGGCGCGGCGACCGGAGGGAGGGUGAAGUGGAAGGGGUUUCGGGUUGUGGGGAAGGACGAGGCGGUUCAUUUUACUCCGGGUGAGUUCAUUCAGGGAGAGGAGUGGCUGGAUGAGAAGAUUGAUGGCAAAAUCAGUUUUGGUCUUUCACAUUGAUUUCGUGGAUCGUUUGGAUGCAUCAUUUUGAAUAUGAGAUUCACUUGGCUUUGAUAUACGUAGGUUGCACUUUUGAACACAAUGUUAUUGGUUUGGAUUAUGUAGCCAUGGAAAUUACUUGCGAAUUAAGUGAAUUCUUUAACGGUA